CACGUCGGGACGUAGUGUUUCUCUUAAUGCUUUGAAACGAGGUUGACAGUCAAAUUUCAGAGGGGUGCAAGAAAUGUUCAAAUGGUGUCAGCAGUUGGGUAGCCUCAGCCAAGCUAGCAGCUGUAGUUGGUAGAAUCGGCCAGCCAGCUAGGCUGUCAGCAAGGCUAGUUUGCUACACUAGUUAAGUCUUACUGAUAGCUGCACAGCUAGCUAACUAACUGCGCACAGGUGACUAUACUAGAGCGGCCUCUCCCAGUCCUUACUGGGUGUAUCCGAGCAGCUGGCGGGUCACAACCGUCUUUUGGACGUGUUGAGACGUUCCCUUCUUCCCCGCUUAUCUGGGAUCAUAGUAUUUGUUUGUUGCCUAACUCAGGCAAACGAACUGAGCGGCGUAUUUAGGGUGGGACCAUUUGCAUGUAGCUAGCUGGAUACUAAAUGGCGUCGGACACAAGUGAUACAGAGGAAUUUUAUGAUGCUGCGGAAGAUGUUAAUUUCUCCCCUUCACCAAAAGUGUCACCUGCAAAGUUUGUCCUUCCUGCACCUCAGGAUGUUAAAGAGAACCUGGAAGUGGACGGAGCUGUCGGAUUGGCCCAGCCAAAGCCACAUCAGGAUGUCUCUCAUCAGAUCAUUGACAGUAUCAUAGAGGAGAGUCAGAAAGGUAAUGGAGUGGCAGAUGCUCUACUGGGAGAAAAGGAGAGAGACUCCAGGGAACCAGGCAUGGAGGACUCAGGACUCCUGGAUCAGUCCUUGGGUCCUCUUCAGCCCCCUGAGGUCUCUGCCGUCCCUCCCCAGGCACCUGCUGCCGAUCCCCAGGGUGUCCCCGCAGGUUUAGCGGAGGAUAGGGAGGUGGGGUCCCGGAAUGCCGCAGAGGCCCCCAGCAUGCCCGGCACCUCACCGGCAGUCCAGGAAUGUGCACAUCCGGCCCCUCCCGACAUCACCAGUGCUCUUGGACUGGCACAGACUGAGCCCUCGGCUGCCUGCGCUCAAGACGACGCAGAGAGGGAGUCCAAACCAGCCGACAUUUUGGAACAGGUUCCGCUCAGGGACAAAAUGGUAGACCAGGAAGUGCCUGGUCCUUCCAAACCACCAAGACAGUUCACAGUGGAGCCCGACAUCGUGGCCAGCACCAAGAAACAGCCACCCUCUAGACCGCCUCCUCCGUCUGGAGCCCCGCCUCCAAGACCGCCCCCUCCGACACGCCCCACCCUGCCACCCAGCAAGAAAUCCCAAGAGGCCUUGCGGCCUGCGGGGCUGGAGGUCUCUGCAGAGCCGGUGGACGAGUCAUGCGGCUUAGUGUCGCCGAGCUCAACAGUACAAAGCCUCACUAAAGAGCUGCAGCACUCCCUUGACCUUGCCAGCGCCACCUGUGGAGAUAAAGUGGUCACUGCACAGGAGACAGAUGAACAGGUGACCAGUCGCAGUGACACUGAACCCUCAGGACCUCAGAGACCACGCUCCAACUCAGGCCGAGAACUCACCGACGAGGAGAUCUUGGCGAGUGUGAUGAUUAAGAACCUGGACACUGGAGAGGAGAUCCCUCUGAUCCAAGCGGAGGAGAAACUGCCCACUGGAAUUAACCCACUAACACUGCACAUCAUGAGGAGGACCAAGGAGUACAUCACGAACGACGCAGCACAGUCAGACGAUGAUGACAAGACACCUGCUCCGCUGACUGACACAGAUGGAGGGAAACUGAAACAGAAAACCACGCAGCUGAAAAAGUUUUUGGGCAAGUCGGUAAAAAGAGCCAAGCACCUGGCGGAGGAGUACGGGGAGAAGGCGGUGAACAAGGUGAAGAGUGUGAGAGACGAGGUGUUCCACACUGACCAGGAUGAGCCUUCGUCCAGUGAUGAUGAAGGAAUGCCCUACACACGGCCGGUCAAGUUUAAAGCUGCUCACGGUUUCAAAGGCCCCUUUGACUUUGACCAGAUCAAAGUGGUGCAGGACCUGAGUGGAGAGCACAUGGGUGCUGUGUGGACGAUGAAGUUCUCUCACUGUGGACGACUGCUGGCGACAGCAGGACAGGAUAACGUGGUGAGAAUCUGGGUCCUAAAGAAUGCCUACGACUACUUCAACAACAUGAGGAUCAAAUACAACACAGAAGGUCGUGUUUCUCCGUCCCCCUCCCAGGAGAGUUUGUGUUCGUCUAAAUCAGACACUGAGGCAGGGCUGGGCUGUGUGUCUGAGGACCUGGACACGGAGGACAGAAACGUGCCUUUCCGGCAGGUUCCAUUCUGCAAAUACAAGGGUCACACAGCCGACCUUCUCGACCUCUCUUGGUCAAAGAACUACUUCUUGUUGUCUUCGUCCAUGGAUAAGACUGUGCGACUGUGGCAUAUCUCCAGGAGAGAGUGUCUCUGUUGUUUCCAGCACAUAGACUUUGUCACAGCAAUCGCCUUCCACCCCAGAGAUGACCGGUAUUUUCUAAGUGGGUCUCUGGAUGGUAAGUUGCGUCUGUGGAACAUUCCGGAUAAGAAGGUGGCUCUGUGGAACGAGGUGGACGGCCAGACCCGUCUCAUCACUGCAGCGAACUUCUGUCAGAACGGCAAAUACGCUGUCAUCGGCACAUAUGACGGCCGCUGCAUUUUCUACGACACAGAGCGACUUAAGUAUCAUACUCAAAUCCACGUCCGUUCCACCAGAGGAAGGAAUCGAGUGGGCCGGAAAAUAACAGGCAUAGAGCCUUUACCUGGAGAGAAUAAGAUCCUGGUGACAUCAAACGACUCGCGGAUUCGUCUGUAUGACCUGAGAGACCUGUCUCUGUCGAUGAAAUAUAAGGGUUAUGUGAACAGCAGCAGUCAGAUCAAAGCCAGCUUCAGUCACGAUUAUUCGUUCAUCGUGAGCGGCUCGGAGGACAAGUAUGUUUACAUCUGGAGCACGUACCACGACCUCAGCAAAUUCACCUCCGUCAGGAGAGAUCGCAAUGACUUCUGGGAAGGCAUAAAGGCUCAUAAUGCAGUGGUGACGUCGGCAAUCUUCGCCCCUCAUCCUGGACUGAUCAUACCACAGGAAACGGGAAUGGACAAACCAGACACAGAGUGCAAAAGCUCCGACUCCAACGACUCCGAGACUAUCCCCUCAGGAGCUCUGAAAACAGAUCACUCUGAAGUUCUCCUCUCAGCAGAUUUCACUGGCGCUAUUAAAGUCUUUGUAAAUGUGAAAAAAUACUGAGGGUUUCUUUUCUUAAUCCACGCCCAGUGGCGGAGAGGAAAAGACAACAUCUUCUUUCAGCUCUAUCAAAUUUCACCAAUGUUAACCCACUGAAACCAAAAGGCCAUUUUACCAGCCUACUGAGUUCCAUCCACAGCUCCCCUCUAUCCACCAAUCAGCUGCCGGAGAGUGCUCUGAAAGGCGGGAUUAGCGUGCAUUAUCCCCGCCCAUAUCCAGAGAACAGGGACCCAGGGAGUGGAAAAUAAGAAGGUGGAGGACUAAGUAGAGGGAGAGACUUAAAGACACACCGAUACAUUUUUUUCUCUUUUUUUCUGUUAAUGAAAUGAUCUGAGCGUGCAUUUUAGGGCGGUAAUAGCGCUUUUGUGAUGUCAGAGCUGUUGGAGCAGAUUGAAGUUACUGUUAGUUACUGUUGGACUAGAAACUCCAUCCAGAUUGAUGAACCCAAGGCUCUUGGAUGAUGAUGAGGACACACUGUCAGUGGAUUUGCAGUGAAGGAGCUGAUCAGUCCUACACACACGCAUGCGCACACACACACACACACACACAAAAACUUACAUUUCACUCUUACCCACCAAGACAGCAGAGGCUGGCUUACUGGGAGACAACCCAAUGUUGGAAAAGUUAGUGCUAACUCAAAUCAUUUCUUUUUGAAAUUCUUGUUUGUGUUUUUGUCUGUGUUAUUUUACGUGAUGUAAAAAAAUUGAACCACUGAUAUUUUCCUUUUUUAUUUUAUGAUUCACUAAAUAAAGAAUAUUGGUUUUCUCAGUGAA